CCUGGUGCAGGGGGUGCGCAUCAUGGCCAAGGGGACUAGAUAAGACUCCUUGGUGUUGUUGCUUUGUCUGAGAAGGCAAGGCAGUCAGGCCAUACCCCACCCCACCGGCCCAGAGUCAAGGCUCAGGGGGUAUUCACUUCCCUUACUUCCUGGUGCAGGGGGCACGCAUCAUGGCCAAGGGGACUAGAUAAGACUCCUUGGUGUUGUUGCUUUGUCAGACAAGGCAAGGCAGUCAGGCCAGAUGCUGCAUCCCCAGCGGCCACAGGGAAGGCAGGUGUCCGCUGCAACACUCGCUGGGUGUCGCCCUGUACGGCGCUCACCAGCCCCGGCACCUGUCAAGCCAGUGCACAAUAUCUCGGUGUCCCAGUCUGCUGUUAAUCGGGCUUACGGCACACUUCCCAGACAGUUUUUUUCUGUUGCGUUGUUGGUGCUAUCUUUUAUUUGGGCUGGCGUGCUAGCCACUAUAGGGGCUCCCUCUGUGGGAGCCCAACCAGGUCCCAUGGCAGAGGUGAGGACUGGGGGCAGCAGUGGCAGCAGCAAGAAGGGGGUGACACAGUCCUUGAAGGCAGCUUUCAACACCCUCCCUAAGGCCACACCUCUCCAACUCAAUCAACUUGGCACUCGAUCUGGAGCCUCUGUUGGGGUGUGGUUGGUGGUGCUGCUGCCACUGGCCUGCAGCCCCGGCCUCUAUAACACCUACAGCCACUGCAAGCCUACGCCACGGCUCCUGGCGCUGCUGGCCAUUCAGGUAGGGGUGUGUGGAGCUCAUCUUUACCAGGAAGUAUGUCUGCCCGGCAGCCACAAGAUGACUGGUAGGGAAGGACCCAGCCGAAAGCCUCCCAUCCUCCUCCGGUUCGUCACCCAUCCAUACACCCCGGCCCUGGCCACCACCGUGGCCAUCAGCCUCAUCACUGAUAUACAUCCCCUCCAAGCCCUGCCCUUGACCCUCUUGUGUUCAUGGCUGCUCUUCAAAGUCACCCACUGGCUGUUCAGCGCCUUCCCUGGCAGCUUCACCGUGGGGGAGGGGGCAGUGCUGGGGCAGAGUGUGGCCCUUGCUGUCACCUACUCUAUAUACAGUCUUAUCUCAAGUACGCUUUGGCCUGAGAAACUUUCUCAUGCACGCCAAAUCAGCCUCUUCAUCCAGACGGCCUUAUUGGUGCUGUCAGUGCUGGUGGCUGGCAUCUACAAGUCACCGCUGCUGCGAACACCCCGCAUGUUCCUGCCGUACCUGUGUGUGUGUGGGGUGGUGGGGGUGGGGGCGGCUUCCUUGGUGCUGGGGGAGUGGGUGCCGGUGUGGCUGUGGGAGCUGCUCACCCUAACACAAGUCAGGCUCUUCCUCCUGGGAUGGUGGUUCUUCCUCUCACUGUUUGCCAUCUCCAUCACCACUUGGGCCAGAAGCAAGAAUUACAUUCCGACCACUGUCCUGCGUAAGGUGUACCAUGUGGUGAUCACACUUGUGUUCCUGCCGGGGGUGCUGCUGGAGCCGGCCUUCCUUGCACUUGCUAGCACUGCUGCCACCAUGGUGUGUUUGCUGCUUGAGGUGGUGAGGGUUGAGGAGAUCCCGCCCCUCGCUGGCAUCAUCACCCAAGCAUUCUCUCCUUUCCUGGACGAGAAGGAUGACGGCCCAUUAGUGCUGAGUCAUUUGUACCUCCUGGCCGGCGUGUCCUCACCCCUGUGGCUGACGCCAUGCCCCCUGGAGGUGGCUACAAUAGGUGAGGUGUGGCGGGCAAACCUGGUGCUGCCGCUGCUGGCUGGGGUGUUAGCUGUUGGGGUUGGGGACACUGCCGCCUCCGUUGGAGGGACUUAUUUUGGUCGUCGGCGGUGGGCCGGCACCAAAAAAACAGUAGAGGGCAGCUUGUGUGGCAUAGUGGCCCAGCUGGUUGUGGUGGGGGUGCUGGUGGGAGCUGGCCUGGUGGAGUUGUCUGUGGCUGGCUGGGGCCGCCUGGUGGUGUCGACAGCCUUCGUGGCAGUGGUGGAGGCACUCACUGACCAGGUGGAUAACAUUGUUUUGCCUCUCUUGCUCUACACUCCCCUGAUGGACCUUUAGUAUUUCCCAGUAUGCAUGUUACUUCAUCAUACAUACCUUCACUUAUUCCUGUUUAUUUAAAAUGUUAUUGUUGUUCACAAGGUCACAAACUGUUAUGUCCCUGGAUCUGUUUAUACAAGGCUAUUCUGUUGUUGUUAGAGUAGGUGAGUUUUAUCCCGACUUAGUGGCUGCCGGCCAUCAAUUUUUAAGCUAUUUUUAUUGGAUAUAUUAUUAAAUACUAUUCACUACUUACAAAGUAGCUAAGGUCUGUGGAGGUUAUGAUAUGUGCCAUUUGUGGAAUGUUUAGAGGGGGUAGAAUCAAGUACUUAAGAGUUAGUUAUCUUUUAUAAAUGCUUCUCAUUUAGUGCAGAGCUCUAAAAUAGUCACUGUCAUGUGUUAAUAGUUUUGAUCUCAACAGUUAAAGAGGAUAAAAGGGGAACUUAUUUACUUAAAGAAGCAUUAAUCCUGUCGAUUGGCUUUUACUGCCAUCAGGACCUGGUGAGGCAUUGGUGACCUCUUCGCAGACUUUAGUUUGAUUCAUCUUUUUCUCACCCGUGUGGGAAAAGAUGAAAAGAUAAGAAUGCCAAGAUCAGUUUUUAUCUCGAGUGAGUUCACCCUUUCCUCCCCAUUUUAAUACGGUUGAAUGUACAAAAAUAAGAUUCAGGAAUAUAUUAGUAGCACUAAAGGCUUUUUGGAUUAGCAAGCUUAUCAAAUUUAAUAAUAGUAUGUACAUCACCAGAGGCUUGUCCAGUUCACUUGUCAGACUGCCUCUUUUGCCUUUCACUUCAUUAUUGAUCUCAGUGUCCACAGCCAUAGCCUCAGAAAUCCACCUCCCAAAAUAUCAUAGACAGUGCAUUAAGUAAAGCACACCCAUGAUGUGCCAAUAGUAUCCUGCCCAUUUGUCAUACAUUCCAAUGGUAUGGUGCUGAAUAGAUAGCACCUCCACUCACUGGACAGCUUGGGUAGACUUGCACUGAAUUUCUUGUUUUACAUAGUUUCUCCGAUAUUUUGGGGACUGAAGGAUCACUAUGGGGCCAUGAGGAGUUUUGAAAAGGCUUGAGUGGUAAAUGUAGAUGACAGGAGCAAGUAGUGGGUGCUAGAGUUUCUUUAGAAAGGUUGUUGCUCUGGUGUGACUGUAAGGGUAGUUCAAAGGCCACACGCUCUUUUUUUGUGGCUAGGUAACCACUCGGUGACAAGUGAAUAUAAAAUGCAGCGAGCAUUUUAUAUAGUGUAGGUUCAUUUCUGUGUUGUAAAUAUUAUCAAUGUUUAUGAUCAUUCUGACUUUUUUUUUCUAGAAGUGAAUGACAUUUUGGGGAAUUGUCAGUGAUACUACACAUAGCAAUGCUCAUGAUUUCACUGCCAUUCUACACUUCAGGCCUUUGCUUUAGAAUUAUAGACAAAUUACUCUCAAUGAGGGUGUCUAUGUUGUACCUGUGAAAACUUUACCUGUAAAGUUACACAAAACAUUCAAAAGAAUAUGUAUCAACUGUCAUAUUAGCCAAAAUUAUAUAUUGAAGAUGGUUGCCAUCACUCGGUCAAUAUUUAUUGGAAAGGGGCUGCCCACCCCCUUAAUGGGAAGCCAUGGUCUGGGCAGGACCACUUGCAGCCUCUUUCAGUACUAAAAGCGCUGUCCUCCAUAGGGCUGUUCCAAGUCAUUCUGUAAGUUUUUUCAUUGAUUCACCAUCACUCAAGUGAGCUUUUAUUAGUUUUCCCAGAAGUUAAUCACUUUAAGAUAUUUACCUAAGGAUAUUUUCAUAUGUAUUUGGUUACUUGUCAGUCCAUUUGAGACAUUUUGGUAAUGGACAGUCAGUCGAACAGACAAACUGACUGGCGGAUAGACAAAGACAAAAAUGUUAUCGAACUCCUUGGAGGAGUGCGAUAAAAUAUACCAAAGGCGUUUUUAGUGUGUAAAAAUCAGCAUUGUGCUGUUAUGGCAGCUGCUGACUUCUAGUCCCUAUUACAUAAGUUUCACCACUGAUACUAUUUCAUUUUUUGAAGCUUUAUAAUGGUCAGUGAGCAAUAUUAGCGAUUAUAUUUUGUAGAUAGAUCCACUGAACUGGAAGCCCAUCAAUUUAUUUUUAAUUCAUAGUACCAACAAAAUUUUGUUGUGCGUGCUGAUGAGCACUGCAGCUAUGCCCAGCUAUAACGUAUGCCCCCAACUUUACCUUUGCCUUUAUACAAUAGACUUUAAUGCUACUACUAGCACUGACAGAGUUGGCUAUGAGUAUGUGUUGGUCCCCAUGGUUUUGGUACCAUGAACACCAACAGCUUUCUCUUCCUAAAUUUUGUAAGAUCCAGGAGGUUGAAGACUGUAGGUUUUUGGUACAAGAGACCAGAGCUGCACUGCACUGCACUGUAGCAAUGCUGGAGGGGUAGCUAAGGAGAUUGACCACAUCCUUGUAAGCAGUUGUUGGAGAGUCCUCCAGAGCUGCAAAUUUUUCCAGCAUGCAGUUCUUUGCAAUUGAUCACAGGAUUGUUAUUGCAAAUCAAGAAGAAUCUCGAGAUAUACUCAAAUUGGUUCCAUGUGCUCAGCACCCUUGAGGGCCCAGUAGAACUGUGAGAUACCUUCAAACAUGAAACUCUUAAAGCUGCAAAGGAGUGCACUGGAGAGCACCUGAGAUCAAGGAGUGGUUUUGUCUUGGGUAGACUGAAGAAUAUCGAGGAGAGCCACACUGCCAGGCUUCCUGGGAAUCGGGACCAGUACGUAUAGGGCUCUGUCGCUAGGACUAUAUCUAUUCUGAGGAGGGAUCCUGAAGAAGCUUCACUCCAAGGCUCCCUCUCAGGUGAGCGCUAUCUGAAAAGCAGAUGGCUGCCUGCCUCAUGCACUGCCUUGAGACCCAUCACCUGAACCACAAGCAACUUGACAAGGAAUAUUGUAACAUUGACAAGGGUCAGUGAAUUUUGUAUUGCCCAUAGAUGCUCCACAAUGACUGGUCAACAGUGCUACCUAAUACCCAUUCCAUAUAAGUGUUGAAAAGUGAUGGGGAUGGACACAGCCCUGCCUCACUCUUCUGGUCACAGGUAAGAAGUUGGACACUAGCUACAUACAUUUUACAACACUAAGUCCUAGAGUACAGACCAGUCACUAGUCUAAUAAUUCUCUCUCUCUCUCUCUCUCUCUCUCUCUCUCUCUCUCUCUCUCUCAUGUCAUCUCACUGGACCCCUCAGGAUGUGACCCCACAGUAUGUUGAUAUACCCCCUCAGACACAUUCCCCCCCCCAGGCACAUAAAUCAUGUCAUCUCACUGGACCACACAGUAUGUUGAUAUACCCCCUCAGACACAAAGCAGUUCCCCCCCAUUCUCUCUCUCAACCUAAGCAGUCCAGGUUGAUGCCUGACAAGUCAACAAUUGACCGAAUUCUAGCGCUUCACGUCCUCGUGAAAUGCCGCUGUGAGUUUUGAUGGGCUACUCACAGCCAACAUAAAUCUCAAGAAGGCUUUUAACAUAGUGCAUUGUGAGGCACUGUAGACAUUCUGCAGAUCCGUGGUCUUCUUGCAAUAAUUAUUGACCUGAUGACUGAGAGUGAGACUGAGAGUGCUGUAAAGUGUGGUGGAGGCACUUCCAGCUUCCUUGUUAAUUCAGGAGAGGCAGGGGUGUGUACUUGCUCCAUCACUUUUCAACACUUGCAUGGACUGAGAAUUAGGAAAAGUUGCUGAUAAGUCAGUGUGAAGCAUAUGUCAAACCAGGGCUGACCCUGCUCGCCAAGUUGUUUCUGUAAGAGACAACCCUGAGCGGAGAAGGCUGAGGGGACUCUCUUAGAGUUCAUAGCUUGAGGAAGUUGAUAGAUCCUGUCAUGAGGUACUUAGGAUGGGAAGGGGGCCUACAUGGAGACUUUCUCAGAGGAACCCCCUGGUUUGGCAUCUUAGGGUGGUGAGGCAUUGUGCCCCCCGACAUAUGCCCCCAUUGAUUGAUUGGAUAGGUGAUGGGCAAGCACCUUGCCUGGCACACUAAGUGUAAUACCACAGUGGUUUUUACAGUUCAGGUGGUCUCCUUGCCAUUUCCAGACACACACAUAGGAAGCAGGACAUAACCCUCACCAGAGCUCAGACGCCAUAAAUACACAAUGCAGUUCAGUGAAUCCAAACAAUCAUUGUGUAAAACAGUUCUCAAGAGUAACUGAAAUGUAGACAAUAGUGGUCAUUAACAAAGUAACAGCUCUACAAUGUGUCAUUCGGAUUAAAGGUAAGGUACAGGUGGGACGUACACUAAAGCUGCAUGUGGCUUCAGUGGUGAUUUCCAUCAUAUUGGCACUUAAACGAAAAAUAACCCAUUACCCAGGGACAGGACAGGACAAAGAUUGCACUCUCAGAAUGAAUCAAGCGACUAAACAAUUCAUUGCAAGAAAUAGGUGGUUCCCCAUCCAUCUGCAAUGUUUUACUAAGUUUACUAAUGAAUAGGUGGUCUGGGUGUUACUAUAGUCGGUUCCACAAGAGCUGGUGGAGAGAACCGAGAGCUGGAGGAGAUUUUCCUUCAGAGGUGGACUCGCGGACCUGGCGUCAUAGCUAGCCACCAGCUCUCGUGGAACUGACUAUAAUUGAAAUUGGCACACAAGACGUUCAAGGAAUUUUAAAUAAGUGGGCUUUCAAAACUUUGUGGUUGAAAUACAAGCUUGUACCAAAUGACAAUAAGCUCACCAGCACUCUCCAUUUAGUGAGGCAGUGAUAAAGCCAGUAUUAAUCAAUGUCACAUGUGUUUUGCCCACUUGUUUAAAAUAUCUUGGUUUCAUAAUUUAUGACAACAGCAAUUUCAACAAUGGUGUAGAUUUUCCUGCAAAAAGUUCAAUAUGGGAUAUUUUGCAUCUGUGUAUUUGAGCGCUUAGCCUGAAGGAUUGUGGGCUGCCAACACUACCUAGAUAGGCAGAAAUGUAUGUUUUGUUAUGUUUAUUAAUAAAACUGUGUAUAAAUCUAA